CACAACUGAAUGAAGACUAUUUUGGGUAUAAAUACUUGACAAUUGUUCAAGUUGGACAUCAAUCAGUUCACAGUUUCAACUAGAAGCAACACAUUAAAUCAAUCCUCAACAUGUUCAAAUACGCUGUUGUCAUCCUCGCCGUCAUCGCUUGCGCUGCUGCCAAGCCUGGAGUUCUUCUCAGCCAGCCAUUGGCUUAUGCUGCUCCAGCUGCCGUUGUUGCUCCAUUGGCUUAUGCUGCUCCAGCUGCAGUUGUGGCUGCUCCUGCUCCAUAUGUGACUGCCACCAGCAGCCAAGUGAUUGCCCGCAACUACAAUGGAAUCGCAGCUGCUCCAGUGAUUGCUCCAGUUGCUACUCCAUUGGCUGCUCCAGUCAUUGCCAAGUACGCUGCUGCUCCUCUGGCUGCUCCUCUGGCAUACAGCUCUCCAUUGGCUGCCCCUCUUGCGUACAGCGCUCCAUUGACUGCACCCCUGGCGUAUUCCGCCCACCACGUUGCUGCCCCAGUUCUGUUGUAA